AUGGCGAUUCGUUAUAGUGGUGGUCCCCAAAAUAGGGACCUGUUGUUUCUUAGUGGUACAAGAGACCACAGAGCUGAUUACAUUUUUUCGGAUCCUAAAGUAUUGGCAGACGACGGGUUAUUACGAGUUAGAAGAGGAAGCAAGAAGCUAUGGAAUUUUAUUCGGGAAAACUCCUUUCUGCCCAAUGUGUCAGAAUAUAUAACUUUGGUUGGUUUUGCUGGAGUUAUCAUGGUUGAUAACCGAAGGGUUGAUAGUGCGUUGAUAUCCGCCUUAGGUGAAAGAUGGCGGCUUGAAACGAACACAUUUCAUAUGUCAUUCGGAGAGGUAACGAUAACACUACUAGAUGUGGAAGUCUUGUGGGGUUUAAAAGUUGACGGCUAUGAGGUGGAAAGAGUUUAG